CUCGUUUCGGUGCGUGUUAACCUCGGUGCUUGAUACUUUCAGAAAAAACAGUGGAUUGAAAUCUUCACUCUUGGAAUAAAUUAGAUAAUUGUAUACAAAUGCAGCACUACCUGCUUAGAAAUAAACAUUAAUGUCCAGCAGCAAAAUGAGAUUUAAAGAUCUUUUUAGGUAUCUUGGGCUUAGACCUAGAUCACCACCGUCAAGAAUUUUCUUAAGUGUCAAUGUAAUGAGCAGACGGAAACAGUCAGCCAAGGCUGUUAUCAAAAUAAGCUUCUGCGCUUGUAUUGUCUUGGUCAUAGCAUUUUGUGUUGUUUACACUUUACUUCUGGCUUAUGUAGACAAUAGAUUUCAUUCUUCAAUGCUAGAACUUCCUGUGCCAUAUAAAAAAAUUAGACUCCUUGGAAAGUAUCAUGUCAUAGGUGGUAGAGCUGGGUCUAAAAAAUCAGAUAAAAAUGCAAUGACCUCAACACAAGAGAAUAUCUCUGAUGUUGUUUGGAAUUCUAGUCUGUAUUACCAUGAUAAGGUGUCAUUACCACUGUGCGUUCCCAAAGCUUUUUUCCAAAUUCUCAUUACAUCGGCACACAAACACAGAGCUCAAAGACAGGCAAUCAGAGACAGUUGGUGUUCACCUGAUAGGUUUCCUUUACUCUCAGGCCAAACAUGGCAGUGUAUAUUUUUAGUGGGUGUUCCAAGCAAAAGUGAAGAUUUGCCUGAGCUUAUUCAAGAAAUGUUCCUGUAUAAGGAUAUGCUCCUAGGCACAUAUGAGGACACUUAUCGCAACUUGACUCAUAAAGUUCUCCAUGGCUUUCACUGGAGUUCUAGUCAUUGCCCAGCUUCUUAUGUUAUUAAGACUGAUGAUGACUGUUUUGUUAAUACGCAUUUAGUGUACAAGUUUCUUCAAAAUUAUAAUUUACAAAUCAAUGGAUUGUAUGUCGGCAAUGUUGUUGUGGAUCAAAAUAGGCUUGAGGUUGUUCGAGGUGAAAAAAAUAGAUGGUCAGUGAAAAUUGAUGAAUAUUCAAAACAAUAUUACCCACCCUACGCCAGCGGUAUGGGCUAUAUUUUAUCAAAAGAUGUUGUUGAUCGACUGGUGUCUCGUAGUGCCUAUAUCGCCCCCUUUCCAAAUGAAGAUGCAUAUGUGGGGGUUGUUAUUUCUAAGCUUGGGAUAAAACCUAUAAGCAGUAGUAGGUUUUUGAUCAGUUCAAUGGGGUUGAGUGUCUGUAAUUAUCUUUAUGUUUUUAUUGUGCAUGGUGUCAAGCUUGAAGCCCAUGAAGAGUUACUGAAUAAGACUUUGAAAGCAUCUGUUGAGUGCAAAGAUACAAGUAUUUCAACAUGGAGUUGAUCAGCCGUCGUUCCUGUACAUUAUUUGGCAGCAUAUCCUGAAUCUAGAGUGUGUGAAUUAAUUCAUGCGGUCAACUCAUUUUAAAAUACUCCACUGUGUUAAUACUUGAUUAUUAUUUUUUGUUGUAUAUGCUACUUUUAUAGGAAAUUUUUUUUUUUACUUAGCCAGAUGGUUAAUUAAGGUUGUACAAUUAAUGUUGGACUGAAAGUGGCCUUAUCAUAGUGUGAUCCCUCUUGUACACGGACUGCUAUUAAUGUAAUUAAAUUUAUAGUGUUAUAAUAAGAAUAAUUUCUUUAUGUAAAUUGUUUACCCUUUUUUGUAAUUAUUGUGAUAGGCAUGUGAGAAGUAGGCUGUACAUUAAAUUUUUUGAAGUUGGAGUUGAUGAAGAAAUAUUAGUUCUAUGAGUCUAGGUUGUGUUUAAAAAUUGUUUACUUUGGUUGUGGUUUAGCUUUAUAUAUUUGCUGAUCACUAUCUAAGUUUAUGUAGGUUAAAUGCAGGUAGAUUGUGCUGUUUUUAUAAUCAAUGCUAUAUAAAAAGUCUUUUAGUAUUAUAUUAAUAAUUCAACACUUAAACUAUACUAGUAUUGGAAGAAUUUUGUAAUUUUUAGAUAUUCAACCUUUGGCAAUAAUGCAUUUUACAUUUAUUUUAGGUGUUUCCUCAUUUUUUUAUAAGUGCUUAGAUUAUUUUUGUAUUAAGAUCGCAUUACUUAUUCUUUUAAUCUUGGUUUUUCUAUUUCAAUUUCAAAAUAAUUGUGAUAGAAGAUUAAUUUUUUGAAAAUUAUUUUUCUUAGUUUAAUUUGAGCUAAUUUUAUUAUCUAUAGUUAGGGACAAAAUUACAAAAAUUUCAACUUGCUAUUUAAAGUGGGGUUCAGUAAAUUAAUUUUAUAAAUGUUAUAUUUUAUAUUUAUAUAUAUUUACAAAAAGCUGUUAAAAGGGUUAUUUUUAAGGUACACUACAAGUAGGUUUGAUGGAUAUGCUGAACCUUUCCUUACCUAGCAGGCUGUAGAGUUUAUCAAAAGAUCCUGUAUCUUGUUGUUUAAUUAAUUUUACUUCAAACAUAAAUUUGCUUUAUUAAGUAUAUACAGGGAGGCUGGUGCAUUAUGUUAGAAACAUUAUUUGUCAAAUAUUAUGUCAAACACUGUUUUAUUUUUCUUAAAUCAAGAUGCUUACUUUGUUCUUAUCAAACACAUUCUUGCAUGUUUCACUUGUUGUUACGUAAUCGUAAUUUUAAGUUCAUUGAAUUAUUGUACCUUUUGUGUUCACCUCUUUUUAAACAUGUAAAUUGUUUCAUUUUUGUAGUUCAUGUUAGUACAAACUGUUUUUGUUUGUAUAUUUUGCAAUUAUAUUCGUGUACUGCAAAAUUAUUUUAACUAUUGAUUUUCUAGUCCUUUUGAUGGUAAAAAUGCAUUUAAAUAUUAACUAUUGAUGGAAUUAAUAAGUGUGUUUAAACAAUCACAACUAGGUCUGUGUAUUAGGUACAGAAUAUUAUUUUUUUCUUCUUCUUUCUUGACAAAGUAACCUGACCACUAAAAAUGUAAAAUUUGAAAAGUUUUUUCAAUAUCUAUUUUAUUAAUUUUAGUUUUUAUUAAACAAGCAGGUCACAACAUAAAUCUAUGUGGGUAAAUAACAAAUUCUUUCUCCUGGUUUCUCUACUGCAGUGGGAGUGUAAGAAAUAACUUAUGACGUAUAGCCUUAGUUUAAUCGUAAGGUGUUAAUUAAUACUUCUAAACAAUCAUUUCAUUGCUGCUAAAAAUUUUAUAGAUCUGAAUUUGCCCCCUUCCCUUUUAUUUAUUAAAAUUCUAUCCAAUGGGGGCAGUUUAUUUUCCAUCCUGUCUCUGUCUACUAAUCAAGUUUUCUCUGCCUGUCUCAUCAAAUGGUCUCUCCUUGUUCCAGUCAUGUUUACUUUUCUAUUUAUAAUAAAUAUUACCUUAAGCUGGGGUAGAGGUUGUUUUUAUAAUAGUGUACAUUUCAUAGGAAUACAUUUUGGACAGAGUAUAGAAAAGAAGGAUCAUUUUACAAAAAACUUUUAAACUUUCAACAAAUUUUAAGCAUUCUUUGUACUUAAUUAUAUAAGAUUUUUAUUUACCUAAAGUACUCAUUUAUGUAUGUCAUAGUGCAGACAGUAUAUAUUUUAAGCAAAGUUGUAAUCAUUUAACUUCUUUUUGGACUUUAAUAUCAGUAUAUGAUCUGAAUAUAAUGUAUGACGUUGGUUUAUUGACAUCUCUUCCUAUGGUUUCAUUUGCUUUAUGUUCUUGUUGUUGAAUAUGACUUAAUUACCAUAAUUAAAAUGCUGCCAUUAAACUGUACUUGUAAAUAUCCCAAAGUCUAGUCAUUUCCUAAUUUGUGCACUUGCAAUAUUUUUUUUAUUCAAUUGAUGUGCUUAAACUUUAAAAUCAUUGUUGCUGUUAAUUUUGUGUCAGUGUCAUUUUAUUCAAGAAGUGUAACAUUAUUGUACUACUCCAGAAUAUCAGUGAUUGCUUUCUUCCACCUGUGUUGAUUUCUGUGUCCAUGUUCUGCUGCUGUCUUUUUAUUUACUGCUGUACUCAGCCAGCAGGGGCUGGCAUGAUGAUAGUCAUAAAGAUCAUACUUUUAAUCUCUGUCUCGCCUAGCUGUCUCUUGAGUAUCAUUGGUCAAUGUUUGGAAGGGGACUUAUAAUUUAAGAAAUAUUUAUGCCCAGUGCAUUUGUGGUUUACUUUCUAUAAUCUGUUAACAUUAAGUAAAAUAAUUUUAUGGGGAAGAUGUUUCUAGGUUUAUUGGUUGGUGUUGCUGUUUGUAUUUUUUUUUUAAUUAUUUCACUGUUGUAACAUUGAGCCAAACAUGUUCAUAGCUUGCAUUUUAACAUACAACGUUGUUGAAGGUGACAAUCCUGGGAGAAGGUUUCAUUUCUAUUUUACAACUUUUUAUAGUUGUGUAUGGGGAAAAUGACAAAAGACAUUUAGUGUUGUUUAUUAAUUGACAUUUUGUCAAUAUUUGUAUUCAAUUAUGAAAUUUGUUACUCCCCCACUUAAAAAACUUAUUUUUAAUUUGUUUUAGCCGAGUAUUAUACAGCUCAUUUUAGAAGAUACUUCCUUUAAGUUUUAGUCCUGUGUUUUGAACACUUUGUUCUUUAGGUAAAAGAGAGAGAAAAAAAAUAAGGUAAUUUUGAAGUUGCCAAUAUUUUUAAAAGAAGUUGGUACUAUUUUUGUCUCACGUUACUAUUGUUAGUUACCAAAGUAGUUUUUUCUUCACUUUUUACAGCAUGCAUAAAAUGUAAAUAGACCAAAACUUCUGUCUGUCAGAAUACCAAAUAUCUGUGUUAAAAUUGUCACAAUAAUGUAAAAUUAUUUCUACAACAAUUAUUUGAAAUGAGUGAAAUAUUGGUGAAAUUUGUUUUUCCCUUGAAGUUAACUCCAUGACUUACCUGUCUAUUUUUUUAACACAUGGGGAAUGUUAUAUAUUUUGCUUGCAACUUUUGUACCUUCAUUUAACAAGGUUUGAGGUUCAAUCUCUGUAGCCUACAUAUAAAAAGGUCUUGCAUGGAAAAAUGUUUUAAAAUUUCAGCUGCAUUACUAAUUAUUUAACUGUUGCAUAAUAUAUAAAAAUUUUGACUCAAAGGAUAAAGAAUAACUAAAGCAACACUUCUCAGAGGCUCAAAUACUAUAGACAAUAAAAUCUAACUAACAGCUAGUUUUGUUAUGUAAGUUUCUAUCUAUGGUCAUCACAGUGCUUUGUUUUACACAUGCAUAUAUCAAUGCAAUCAUAUUCAGUUUUUUAAAAAUCUGUUGAAAUAAUAAGAUUGAUGUAAUUGCUCUACUUUUAGUAUUGUUUAUUUUAGUCAAGAAAAAGAAGUAUAAAUUCAAAUGUAUCUAAGUUAUCAAAUUGCACAAAGUUUUCCGAACAUUUUAUGUGUUAUGCUUGUUGACUUUUAACCACAUUAAAACUGCCCUGAACUGAAUUUUUUGCCCAAUAUUUUUAAUAUAUAAAGAUAAGAAGAAGAAAAGUAAUAAACCAAA